CUCGAGCAGGCGACGCCCUCCAGAACAAAGGCGUCCGGAACAAGACAUUUUCUUCCAGUGUUCGAGGUCCCACGGAGGACCCGGAACCGCACCCUCGAAGGUUGGAGACGGCUCGACACCACCCCCACCGACGAACAGACAUUGAAAGACCAACACACGCAUGGGCCCAUCGAAGAGGAGGAAUGCGAAGCCCGUACCCCAAUUGCGCUCACGAACGACGAGGAGUAGAGGGAAGGCGCUCCCCGACCCUGCGGAGAACACCCAGCAGCUCACGGAGCAGUUGCGGGCGAUGGGCCUGUAUGCCGCCGCGACCCUGGGAGAUGGCAACUGCCUCUUCCGCGCGCUAUCCGAUCAGCUGCAUGGCACGCCCUCGUACCACCUGAAGCUGCGACAGGACAUAUGUGACUGGAUAGCGUCACAUAAGCAGCGUUACGAGCCCUUCGUGGACGACGAGCGGGGUCUCGACGUGCACCUCCAGUGCAUGCGACAACCAGCGACAUAUGGCGGCCACCUCGAGCUGUCCGCCUUCGCGCACAUGACCCGCCGCAACGUGAAGGUGAUCCAGCCGGGUCUGGUAUACGUGAUUGAGUGGGCAGCGGGCGGGGACCUCGCUGCCGACGUGCCAACGACACCCUCCGCCCCAUCCACGUCCGUAGCCCCAGACGAGUCAAACUUGAACGAGCGUGAGAAACGGCGAGCAGCGCGUGAUCGAAAGCGCGCGGAGAAGGAGAAAGCUCCGCCUGUGCCCCCUCAGCCAUCCGAGGAGGACGACCCUCCAGGACCUGUGUACGUUGCAUACCAUGACUGGGAGCAUUUUUCGUCUAUUCGCAAUCUGCGUGGUCCACACGCUGGCCCGCCGAAUGUGAGGGAGGUAUCUGCGGCGGAUGUCGAGCCUGCAACGCCUGUUGUAUCGAAGAAGCCAGCUUCGAAGGCGAAGACCAAGCCCGAGUCUAAGACAAAGGCGUCGAAACAUGCUGCGCUAGCGCUGGCUGCAGAGAGCAAGAUUGCAGCGCCUGUAACUCCUUCCCAGGUUCCACUACCUGCCUCUCGGUCUCCGUCACCGCUCUCCACGGCACGGUCGACGCCCUUCUCGACCCAGCCAGCACACAUAUCGAGCGACGUCCUCGCAUACCGUUCGCCCAAACGGACUUUUGACGAAUCGUCGGCGUCGUCUCUCGCAGCCUCAGACAGCUCUCAAGGCGCGGCGAAGCGUGCCAAGAGCUCAUCCCGCGCACCGUCGCGCACACGCACCGACGAGACGCUGCCAGUUGCCGAGCUUCCAUCAUCGCAACGCUCCGAUAUGCCGGUCGAUGACCUUGAUCUUGACACGCCCGAUCUGUCCGCCUCUGGAUCAUCGCCCGAGUCGGUCAGCUCGCUAUCUUCAGUCCCAUCGCCGGCCGCCACGCCGCCUCCCACAGCACCGCCUGAGCGGAAGCUGACUCGGCGCCAGCGCAAAGCGCUGGGCUUACCCAAGGCGCGGCCCGCGCCCGUCGCGCGUGUGACAGCGCGCACGCGAGCCAGCGCAGGGAAGAUAGUGAUCCCGGGUGGGAAGUUUAAGAAGGCCGCCGGCAAGCCCGCGGUGCAGGACACCGACGGGGACGAGGACGACCAGGAGGCCAACGCAGAAUGGCGGCACAACGGCACCGGGCGUGUCGACGUGCGUGGGUUCAGGGAGUUGAAGAUCUAG